CCCUUCUUGCCCCGUGGACGUAAGCAACUUGCCGAACCACGUAAAAUUCGUUUGUUUGUGUUCAUGCCGUUAUUUUGAUUGUGUUUGGCCUUCUCUCUCAGCGUUUGUAUUAGCCCUCGGAAUCCCAACAACAGCCAUCUUAAUGCUUGCAUGGAUCGGUUACUGUUGCGUACUGAGAAAGAAGAGAAAGACAAGACUAGCCAGAGCAUCAGGUACAAUCGUUAAUAAGUACAAAGGGUCAGAGAGCAGUGACUUAGAGCUACCCCUGCUUGAUUUGAGCUCUAUUAUAGCUGCAACCAAUAACUUCUUCUAUGACAAUAAGCUGGCCCAAGGUGGCUUUGGGCCUGUUUUCAAGGGAGUAGUUGGUGAUGGGCAAGAAAUUGCAAUUAAGAGGCUUGCGAAGACUUCAGUUCAAGGGAUCGAUGAAUUCAAGAACGAGAUAUUGUUGAUAGCCAAGCUUCAGCAUCAAAACCUUGUUAGGCUGUUGGGAAUUGCAUACAAGGGGGGAGAAAGGAUGUUGAUAUAUGAGUAUAUGCCCAACAAAAGCUUAGAUUUCUUUCUUUUUGAUAAAUCGAAGUGUGUAUUACUUGACUGGCAAACCCGUUACAACAUUAUAAUGGGGAUUGCUCGAGGACUUCUCUACCUUCACCAAGACUCUAGAUUCAGAAUCAUUCAUAGAGAUCUCAACGCUAGCAAUGUUCUUCUUGAUAAAGAGAUGAACCCAAAAUUAACUGACUUCGGUAUGGCAAGGAUUUUCGGAGGAGAUGAUACAGAAGUAAAUACAAGAGAAGUUGUUGGAACAUACGGAUACAUGUCUCCUGAGUAUGCAAUGGAUGGUUUUUUCUCCGUCAAAUCUGAUGUAUUAAGCUUUGGUGCCCUGGUAAUUGAAAUUAUAAGCGGAAAGAAGAACCGAGGGUUCUAUGGAGCCAAUUCUGACAUGAAUCUACUAGGUCAUGCGUGGACAUUGUGGAGAGAAGGGAAGAGCUUGGAACUAGUGGAUAAAUCAACAGGUAACUUGUAUUCAUUGGAUGAAUCCCUGAGGUGCAUUAGGGUGGGAUUUUGUGUCCAAGAGCGAGCAGAAGACAGGCCAACGAUGUCCUCGGUUGUGUUAAUGUUGGGCAGAGAGAGUGCAUCAUUGCCUCAGCCUAAACAGCCAGGCUACGUUUCAGCAAGAAGCCCUAUCGAGUGUGAUUCUUCAACAAGCAAUCAAGCAUCAUUAACAGCAAAUGAGAUGUCGAUUACAAUGUCCGAAGGCCGUUAACAAAAAAAUUAGUCAGUGUUGUAGAAAAUAAUGUGGAGUUUAAAUGAGUGUUUGGUUUGUUAAUGCCAUGUACAUUCUUGUAGUAACGCUUCAUACUUUUUAGAAUUGGUAACUGGUUGGGUUAUCCAGAGGUAUAUUUGUUAGGGCUAAUUGUGUAUUAGACCCUUUGUAGUAUUGCUGUUUUAAACUUACUACCCCUAUACUUCCAUUGUAGCAGAUAACC